AGUAAAGAGUGUAGAACAAGAACGAAGGCAUACCUCAGUCUGCUGCUUUGUUCUCUCUUCUCAUCCGCGUCGGAUGCUGAUGCGUUGUUCCACCUCACCUGGUAUAUGUCUCCCCUCGCCUUCUGUCGUACGAUCCAGUUUAGAGAGAGACAGAAGCAGAAUGAUGAGGUGCCUCGGCCUACUGCUUGUCCUUAGCCCUCUGUUCUUAGCUGAUUCAGAUGGUGAUGGCGAUCACGGUGCUCUAGUGAAGCUGAAGGCCGCUUUGGUGGGACCCGGCGGCUCUGGGCUUGGCGACUGGGCCGCCGCGUCCCCUGACCACUGCUCCUUUUCCGGCGUCACCUGCGACGAGGACUCCCACGUAGUCGCCCUUAACGUCUCCUUCGUCCACCUCAACGGCAGUCUCCCGCCCGAGAUCGACCUCCUCCGCCACCUUGUCAACCUCACAGUCUCCUGCGCCGGCCUCGGCGGCUCCCUCCCCGUCGAGCUGGCCGCCCUCCCUUCACUCCGCUUGCUCAACAUCUCCAACAACAACUUCUCUGGCGAGUUCCCCAAGGUAGAACCAGGAGGGUUCCCGGCGCUGGAGGUCAUCGACGCCUACAACAACAACAUCUCCGGCCCGCUCCCGUUGGGCUUGGCGGCCGCCCCGCUGCUCCGGUACCUCCACCUCGGUGGAAACUUCUUCUCCGGGGUGAUUCCGGAGGCGUACUCUGACAUCCCAAACCUCGAAUACCUCGGCCUCAACGGCAACUCCCUCACCGGGCGCGUCCCGCCCAGCCUCAGUCGGCUCUCCAAGCUCAAGGAGAUGUACAUCGGGUACUACAACGUGUACGAAGGCGGGAUACCCCAGGAGUUUGGGAGGCUGUCGUCGUUGGUUCGACUCGACAUGGCUGGAUGCGGCCUCUCCGGCACAUUACCCGCGAGUCUCGGCCAGUUGAAGCGUCUCGACAGCUUAUUUCUCCAGAUCAACCGGCUCAAUGGCUCUAUACCGCCAGAACUCGGCGGACUCAACCAGUUGGAGUUCCUCGACUUCUCCAUCAACCAGUUGACGGGAGAGAUACCGGAGAGCUUCGCGGAGCUGAAGGAGCUCAAGCUAUUGAAUCUCUUCACGAACCAUCUCCGAGGUGUCAUUCCACCGUUCAUCGGGGAGCUACCGAGUCUCGUGGAACUCAAGUUAUGGAAGAACAACUUCAGCAGCGAGCUCCCUGAAUCGCUCGGCAUGAACGGCCAGCUAGUGACGCUGGACGUGGCGUCGAAUCGGAUAACCGGGACGAUUCCGCCAGAUCUCUGCGCCGGCGGAAGGCUUGAGGGGUUGGUUCUGAUGGACAACGGCCUCGUCGGGCCGAUUCCCGAGAAGCUCGGCGGGUGCAAGUCGCUGACUCGGGUCCGACUCGGUAAGAAUUCCUUGAACGGGUCGAUCCCAGCCGGGCUCUUCGAUCUGCCCUCCAACGACAUGCUCGAGCUCAACGACAACAACCUCUCCGGUGAAUUGCCGACGGUGAUCGCGGGAGACAAACUCCGCUUGCUCAUCCUCUCCAACAACUCGAUAACCGGCUCAAUCCCGCCGGCGAUCAGCAACCUUCCCGCCCUCGAAAGACUUGAACUCAACAUGAACAGGAUGUUCGGCGAGAUCCCACCGGAGAUCGGUCGUCUCAAGGCACUGUCCAUGAUCAACUUGAGUGGGAACGAGCUGACCGGCGAGUUCCCCAUCGAUCUUGCCCACUGCGCAUCGCUUGUCUCGGUGGAUCUCAGUCGGAACAGGUUGACGGGUGAGAUACCGGUGCAGAUCACGGUGCUGCCGAUCCUGAACACGCUCAACCUUUCAUCAAACAGGUUCUGGGGUCAGAUCCCGCCGGAGAUACUGAAGAUGCCGAGCCUCACCACGCUCGACCUCUCCAACAACUGCCGGCCCAACCUAUUGUCGUCGGAGACGAGCCUCAUGAAGCUCGACUUCUCUGUGAGCUGUACCGCCGGUGCGACGCCAGGCGGGGCCCGGCGGACGGGCGGCCGCAGCAGACUCGCCUUGCUGACAUCUCUUUUCCCUCUAUUGCUCUUUAAUUGCUAAUUUAACUCUGCUUUGCGAGA